AUGAUACAUGGUCCAUGUGGUGAUUGGUGUACAGUAGGUGAUGAGAAUGGGUAUCCUAAUUACCGUAGAAGAGACUCUGGCAUAACUUAUGAACAUCCUGGAAAUAAUUUGGUAGAUAAUAAGUGGGUUGUACCUUAUUCUCUUAAAUUAUUAGAAAUGUUCAACUGUCACAUUAAUGUAGACGUUGUGUCUAGCAUUUCAGCAGUUAAAUAUUUAUACAAACAUAUUUACAAGGGUCAUGAUGCAGCUACUGUGAUUAUAAGAGAAACAGAUGAAAGCAACACAAUUAAUCAUGAUGAAAUUGAAAAUCUUAUUGAAACCCGAUAUGUUGGUCCUGUAGCGGCUUGCUAUCGUAUACUAAGUAAACCAUUGCAAGACAAAAGUCACACUAUUACUAGAUUGCCAAUACAUCUACCAAAUGAACAAUGUGUUAUAAUCCCAGAAAAUGUUGAAGACGUAGUCGUAAUGAAUAAUUUAAGUCGCAUGUACUCGGUUAGUCCAACUCAAACAGAAUUGUUUUAUUUAAGAUUAAUAUUAAUACAUGUAAAAGGUGCCAAAAGUUAUAAUGAACUAAGGACAUUGAAUAAUGUUUUACAACCAACUUUUGCAGCAACUUGCUUAGCACUUGGACUUAUCGAAAAUGAUGAAGAAUGGAUUAAAGCAAUGGAAGAAGCAACGCUUUUGAUGAUACCUCAAAGACUUUGUCUCUUAUUUGUUCGUAUACUCAUCCGUUGUCAACCAAUUCAUCCUGAAAAAUUGUGGAACAAAUAUCACAUUGCAAUGUCCGAAGAUUUCUUUAGAAGAAAUGAUCGUGAAGUAAAUUUUCAAAUGGCAUAUGCUGAAAUAAAUAAUUUGCUAAAUAAUGAAGGUCGAAGCUUAGCUGAUUUUCCUACUAUGGAACAAUUUGUAACGAACACAAUAAACUGUAACAGUCACGUAUCACCAGCUGACACAUUAGAAGAAAGCGAACGUCAGUACAGUCAGUUAAAUGCCGAACAAAAAGAAAUUGUUGGCAUCGUGCUUAAAGCUUCCUAA